AAGGUAGUUGGGGCAGAUAGGUUACCACAUUUGUGAGAAGCUGUUAAAAUGGUUUGGGUACAUGUGGCUGUUGUAGCUGUCUUUUUGAAUGUGGCAUUAAGCCAAAGUAUUAGAUGCCCCAUCAACAAAUGUGCCCCCACAGUCCCCACCAUCGCUCCCACCGUCGUGCCCACUACCGCCCCCACCAUCGUCGACGGCAACAUCGUGCAAUCCCUCAUCGACACCCUCCAGCUUUUCAUCGUCAGCGACCUAAUAGCUGACACCCUGCCAGAGAAAAAAUGCUGCAUCCAAACUAUACCUGAGCCUUAUUUUCUAGAUUAUGACGACUGUGUACCGCUGUGGAUGUGGGUGUGGGUGUGGGUGUGGGUGUGGGUGUGGAUGUGGGUGUGGGUGUGGGUGUGGAUGUGGAACUGGGUGUGA